UCUGUCACUCAGGCUGGAGUGCAGAGGCACAAGCAUGGCUCACCACAGCCUCGACCUCCUGGACUCAGGCAAUCCUUCUGCCUCAGCCUUCCAAGUAGCUGGAACUAUAGGUCCAGCUGGGAGCUCCCUGACCUCCAGGAGGGCAAGAUCGAGGCCAUCAGCGACUCGGACGGGGUCAACUACCCCUGGUACGGCAACACCACGGAGACGUGCACCAUCGUGGGCCCCACCAAGAGAGACUCCAAGUUCAUCAUCAGCAUGAACGACAACUUCUACCCCAGCGUCACGUGGGCCGUGCCGGUCAGCGAGAGCAACGUGGCCAGACUGACCAGCAUCUACCGGGACCAGAGCUUCACCACGUGGCUGGUGGCCACCAACACGUCCACCAACGACAUGAUCAUCCUGCAGACCCUGCGCUGGCGCAUGCAGCUCAGCAUCGAGGUGAACCCCACGCUGCCCCUGGGCCAGCGCGCCCGGCUGCGGGAGCCCGUCGCCCAGGACCAGCCCAAGGUCCUGACCAAGAACGAGCCCAUCCCGCCCAGCGCCCUGGUCAAGCCCAACGCCAACGACGCGCAGGUCCUCAUGUGGCGGCCCAAGUACGGGCCGCCGCUGGUGGUGAUCCCGCCCAAGCACCGGUGACGGCCGGGGCCGCCCACCGGGUCAAGCUCCCAAAUAAUAAGCCCGCUCAAAAC